AUGCUGGCUGGAACUUCAUCCAUCGCGCGGCAUCAAUUCCUCGUCGGCGUUUCUCCGUUCCCUUCUUCCUCUGAUUCUUCUUCUCCCUCUUCUUCCUCCUCGGCGAGAACGCCGCCAACGAGAACUCCUGUGUUUCUCGUCCAAGCGAAUGCGGGAUACAACUUUGCAACAUCAUCAUCUUCUUCUUCUUCUCCUUCUGCCGCCAUCCUCGACCGACACGUCCAAAUCGACCGGUACUACGAUAAUUUACGCCAAAUACACCAAUCUCCGGAUAUAUUUGUCAUCGAUGACUAUUUAACCUCUGGAGAGUGUGAGAGUAUCAUACAGGCGGCGAAAGAUUCCAACGAACUAAAACGGUCUCCGAUUGCGUACGCGGGAUGGACGAACGAUUUCAAGACGUCUGUCGAGUUAGCCGCGCGAGGCCCGGCGUUCUGGUUUGCCGUGGUGAACAUUUUGUACGGGUCGUCCGUUUUGAACGAGUUUGGAUUGCCUAUUCUUUUGAGAGGUGUUGGCGCGUACGCGUUCGCGUUGGGCGUCGCCGUGGCGCUUUCGUUGCUCGAGAAACAGAAGAAAGAGAAAGAGUUGCAAGAAAUGCGAACGUCGAGCAGUUGCGUGUUGGGAGGACAGUCCGAUGGGGAAAAGACGUUGAUUAGAAAUACGAGAAAGUUGUUAGCGGGAGCAAAUCCGAACACGUUCGAGGCGCCGACGUGUAUUCGGUACGAACCCGGGCAACGGUUAGCGGCGCACUUUGACGCCAACAGAGGGGCGCAAAUAGAAGACGCAGAGAGAGGCGGCCAAACGUUAGCGACGUUGUUAGUGUAUUUGAACGAUCAGUCGGAAAGUUCCGGGGGCGAAACGGUGUUCAAUCGUUUGAAUAUAAAAGUGGUGCCGAGGAAAGGGAGCGCUUUGUUGUUUUUUCCGGCGACUGAAUCCGGGGAGUUCGACGAACGCGUCGAACACGAAGGCUUGGAAGUAUUAGGUCCGGAAGAUAAGUGGAUCGUGAGGAUAUGGAAGCACGAGAAGUUAGUGAAGGAGCCGUUCGGAUUGAACGCGUUAGUAUUAGAAGAGGUUUUUGUUUAG